CGUACUAUUAAUUACUCAGUGUUGUUAACAUCACAUUGUUAUAUUUUAUAUAAAUCAUGUAUUGAAAUUAAACAUGUUAUUCACAUAAAUUAAGAAUAAAAUUACUUUGCUAAAAAUCUGUUCGUAAUGAACCCAAAGAGUUUAGAAGCUAGAAACUGCGACGACACGCCGUUUGAAGGAAUGCAUAUUGAUCAUUUCGAACAUCUUAAUAAUUUAAAAAAUCGAAGCCCUUGUCCACGUUGUGGAAAAUCCCGCAUGUAUUUUUGUUAUACUUGUUACGUUCCAGUUUCUAAACUCGCAGAUAGAAUUCCCAUUUGCAAAUUACCGAUUAAAGUUGACAUCAUCAAACACAAACGAGAAAUUGAUGGUAAAAGUACAGCUGCACAUGCAGCUGUUUUAGCUCCUCAAGAUGUAAAUGUUUAUAUCUAUCCAGAAGUGCCUAAUUACAACCUUGAUAAAACUGUAUUAUUAUACCCAGGAGCUGAUGCUAGAACUGUACAAGAAUUAUUUACAGGUCAAAAAAAUACUGUAACCUAUAAAGAACACUUACUUGCUGAAUUACCUCAUGGUUAUAAUGUAGGCACACUUAGAACCAAAAUUGUAGAUAUUGAUAAUAAUUUUAACAUAUAUCAUACAGAUAAGUUCCCUAUAGACCGUGUGGUAUUAAUAGACAGCACUUGGAAUCAAAGUCGUGGUAUUUAUGCAGAUGAAAGAUUACAGCAAAUUCCAAAAGUAGUGUUACAAAAUAGAGUAUCACAGUUCUGGCGACAUCAGAAAGGCAGCCCACGUUGGUACCUUUCUACUGUUGAAGCCUUACAUCAAUUGUUAUUGGAAUUACAUUUAUGUGCAUGGGGACGUAGUGUACAUUACAGGUCCCAACUUUCCUUCCAGUACCCCAUACAUAGUUUUGAUGAUCAUCCACAAUGUAAUCCUUACACUGGACAAUAUGAUAAUUUACUAUAUUUUUUUAAGUUUAUGUAUGAAAAGCUACAUACAUUGUACAAACAUGAAGAUAUGUUGUCAUAUAAAAGACCUAUGUCAUAAAUAAAUUAGUU